AGUUUAAGAGUGGAUUUUAUAUCGCUCGGAUGCGCAAACGACUCAACUCCUAACUUUGUUGUCAACUAAAAAAAGUUAAAGUUUAAAACGUUGAAUAAACAAAAGGAAAUUAACAUAAAGUUCCAUACAAUAGAAACGGUACUAAACUGCGCUUCAAUUAAUAAAUGAGAAAACUCAAAAAGAAGAGAAUUUGAACACAGACGUUCUUGUGUACGUGUCAAAAAUUUAAAAGAAACGUUUUCCAUCAUCAACAGCUAAAAGAAAUAAAAUCUCAAUUUCUAAGAUGGCGAUUUGCAUUUUGCGAUCGUUAGCGAGAAGUUCGCUGGCAACCACUGAGCGCAUUGCACUCUUUGCACCUACAACAACAACUUUACAAAGCAAAUGGAAGGCAAAUUUAAUUUCUACUUCAAGCGAUUUACGAUGCUCUAACAAAGGCAACCAACUGAAAUCUUCAAACAUUUUUGAUCAAGCUCGUGCUUUUUCCGAACGAUCAAAUGUAAAGAAGAAGAAUUCCCGUAAAUAUGUCAGCGAUAGUGAUAGUGAUUCUGAUGCUGAGGUUUUUGACCGUAAAAAGUUCUCAGUCAUACUUGCUGCACAACUGAAACAAAAAAAGAAUUUUCAAGCUUUUAGCAGAGUUCAGGAAUCUAAAGCUGCCUACUCUAGCGAAUUUUGGCGACAAAAGAUGCGUACUAUGCAUGGAAUAUUUGAUGUGAACAAUGAUGGUGUCAUAUCAUUUGAAGAUUUCAUUGUACUGGCGGAAAAUUUCGGAAAAUUAGGACAUUUGUCGACCGAUGAAAUGAACGAGUUUCGAGAAGUCAUGAGGUCUACUUGGGAGUCAAACUGGGGCGAAAUAACGCCUUACAAUUUGGUCACGGUUGAGCAAUACCUUAAUGAUAUGCAUCAUGUUAUGACGGAUAAGGAUUUGCGAAAGAAAGUUCACCGUUUUCUUCCAUACCUGUUUCAAGCUGUUGACAAGGAUUCAUCUGGGGAAAUCUCGAUUGAAGAAUUUAAGCUUUUCUUCCAAUGUUUGGGCUUGACAGAUCGCGAUGCAGAAAUCUCAUUCAACGCUAUUGACAAGAAUCAUGAUGGCAUGUUAUCAAUCAAAGAAUUUGUCAAGUUGGGACGUGACUUUUUCCUGACUGAAGACCCAAAGCGUGUCUCGAAAAACUUUUGGGGACCAUUAGUGUCAACACACUAAACAUUCUGAUUUAUUUUCCAAUUUUAAAUUGUUUUCAUUGUAUGUUUGAUAGAGAGAAAAAAUCUUUUUCUUUUUUGGAUUCGAUUAUAACUCAAUAAAAUUUUAAUAUGUGAAAGAAA